GUUUAAAACUUUACUUCUGCAAGAUUCAUGCGGGAGAUGAGGUCAUGAGUCAUGACCCUUUCUUGGGUUAUGGUUCAACAGAAUACAGCGUAUGUCAAAUUGACAUCAAAAGUUUAAUUUGUUACCAUUUUAGCUAACCCUAACAUUAACCUAAUUAUCCUAACCAGCUACGAAUGGUAAACUCUGACAAGCUGUAUUACUAUCUGGCCAAAACCGCUUCCCUGCCACAAUGGUAAUAGAACUCUGAUUGGCAACAGUGAGUCCCAUCUGGGAUUGAUCUACUCUCUAAACAAUCAAUAAGCAGCAAUUUUGGACCUAUAAGAAGUGGUGCUUUCUCUGGGGAAGAUAGAGGAUUGUGUCUGUCAACACACGAUGGCACUUCCCCUGUUCACCCUCCUGCUGACUGCCCUCCCUGUGGUCCAUUGCUUCCCCACUGCCUUCCAGGACCUGGAGCGAAGCGGCAAGAACCAAACGUCCAUCCGGUUCCUGGCUCUGGGGGACUGGGGCGGGGUGCCCUACCCUCCCUACAUUACACCGGUGGAGAAGGCUACGGCCUGGGAGAUGGGCAAGGUAGCGGAGCAGAUGGGUGCAGACUUUGUUCUGGCCCUGGGUGAUAACUUCUACUACUCUGGGGUGAACAGUGCAGAUUCUCCAAGAUUCCAGGAUACCUUUGAGCGUGUGUACACGGCUGAUUCUCUCAACAUUCCCUGGUACAUCCUGGCUGGCAACCAUGACCAUGCGGGCAACGUCAAGGCUCAGAUCGACUACAGCCGCAAGUCUGACCGAUGGAGGUUCCCCCACUACUACUACGAGCUGAACUUCCGUAUCCCCAACACCAAGCGCACUCUGAGCAUCAUGAUGCUGGAUACAGUGAUGCUGUGUGGUAACUCUAAUGACUUCGAUGAUGAGAAGCCCCACGGACCCCUCAGCUCCAUAGAGGCCAACCGACAGUUGAUCUGGCUGCAACAGAGGAUGGCCCAGUCCAAGGCUGACUUCCUGCUUGUGGCUGGUCACUACCCGGUGUGGUCAGUGUCUGAGCACGGCCCCACAGAGUGCCUCCUGAAGAGACUACGCCCCCUUCUGGUCAAACACAAGGCUACUGCAUACUUCUGUGGUCACGACCACAACCUUCAGUACCUGAAGGAGUCUGGUGUGGGCUAUGUAGUGAGCGGUGCCGGUAACUUCCUGGACCCAGACACGCGUCACUUGCACCAUGUCCCCAAAGACACCCUCAAGUUCUUCACAGGCCAGGCUUCUACCCUGGGAGGCUUUGUCCACGGAGAGGUAACCAAGGACAAGAUGACCCUCACCUUCAUCCAGGCUAAAGGGACGUCUCUGUAUCGCACUGUCUUGCCACGCAGGGACCUCAACGAUGACCAAAAUGGCAGCGACGACAAGGAUUAGCCCUAGUGGAAGAUAUUACAAAAUAAACGGUCACAUUUGACAUUUUAUAUAUGACCUAGCCCUUAAAUUAAGGACUACAUUGAUUUAUUUUACAUUACUUCUACUUUAGCAGUUCAAUUCUGUCAAAGUACAAUUUACUCAAACGUAGUCCUUCAUAAGGGCUAGAUAUUGAGCAUGUACUUAAAUGUCCAAUAGGAUGGAUGGCUGAGGUGUGUGGAUGCAGACUGGCAGUUAUCGAAGCUCAUGAUGGAUGGAUGAUUUCAGGUUGAGUUUUUUUGAAAACAACUGUGGCAUUUUGAGUUUGCUUGAAAGUAGCUUGAAGGAGGCUAAUGCAUUUAAUGUAUUUUAAUAAACAAGGAAAGGGUUUGAGUACAGAAUGGAUGUUUUCAAGUUAAAUGUAAGAAUUUUUGUGACCUUUUAAAAAUAUAUAAAUAACCUUUUUGAAA